AAACUGUCUACAAGGCUCAGAUGGUGAGUUUUGUAAAAUAUUGGGGCUUUAAAUGUCAUUCUUCUCUCUUGCGAGAAAAUACUUCCCUGACCUUCUCUUCAAGAAAUCCCGUUUACAUUCCAGUAUCGUGAAUCGCCGGCGCUUAAGCAAUCCACUGGUUUUACAUUCCAGUAUUGCUAAUUUUCCGUCAUCACACUUGAGCAACCCACUGCUUUCCGCCGCCUCGCGAAUCCCCGGCGCUGUUACCUAAUUACUCUUCCCCGCCGCCGCUUUGCGAUCUAGAAGAAUUCGAAGGUAUGUCUCGUUAAGAUGAUUUUUGCCUCUUUUUUGUGUUCUCUGCAGUGCAUUUAUCCGAAUUGUGUUUGUUGGAUUUGGAAGUCUUAUUAAGCUUUCCGAGAUCCGUCCCCGAUACUCACAGACCACAGUGUUUAUUGGAUGUUUGUGGGAAUUUCUUGGGCUCGGUCGAAAUUUGGAUAUUCUAGGGUUUCAGAUCGAUGCUGUCGCCUUUCGCUUAUCGGUAAAGAUUUCAUGCGCGACUUUUCCUUGUCUUGGAGGUCUCUGAGAAUUCUCGUUCAGGGUUGCUAUGCCCGAGCAAAAAAAACUUUGUUCUUUUUCCGCAUUGGCGAUGAGCUGCAUCUGCUGUUUCUGAAUUCAGUGCUUCUGUUAACUUGUUAAGAUCAACUACCUUGACCCGCCCUUGUUCCAUGCCCUUAUAGUUGACCUGCUUUAACUUUCGUGAUAGCUUUGGUUUGAGUUGACUGCUUAGUGUACAACCAUUUUCUUGAACUUAAGGAGUUACACUUACCCUACUUCUUCCUAUUAUCUGCCAGUUGUAACUAAACAUGUCUAGGAGAUACGAUAGUCGAACGACGAUCUUCUCCCCAGAGGGUCGUCUCUACCAAGUUGAGUAUGCAAUGGAGGCCAUUGGAAAUGCAGGAAGUGCUAUUGGGAUUUUGGCCAAAGAUGGAGUCGUCUUGGUUGGUGAAAAGAAGGUUACUUCUAAGCUUCUGCAGACCUCAACCUCCACUGAGAAGAUGUACAAGAUUGACGAUCAUGUUGCUUGUGCUGUUGCUGGAAUCAUGUCUGAUGCGAACAUUUUGAUCAAUACUGCCAGGCUUCAGGCCCAACGUUACACUUUUAAUUACCAGGAGCCUAUCCCAGUUGAGCAGCUGGUUCAAUCUCUCUGUGAUACCAAGCAAGGCUACACACAGUUUGGUGGUCUCAGACCCUUUGGAGUCUCAUUCCUUUUUGCUGGUUGGGACAAAAACUAUGGAUUCCAGCUGUACAUGAGUGACCCAAGUGGAAACUAUGGUGGCUGGAAGGCUGCAGCCAUUGGUGCAAACAACCAAGCAGCUCAGUCCAUGCUUAAGCAGGAUUACAAGGAUGAUAUCACGAGAGAAGAUGCUGUUAAUCUGGCACUGAAGGUUCUCAGCAAGACCAUGGAUAGUACAAGCCUGACAUCCGACAAGCUUGAGCUGGCUGAGGUGUACCUCUCUCCAUCUGGCAGUGUUAAGUACCAAGUUUGCUCUCCUGAUUCACUUAGCAAGCUGUUGGUGAAGUCUGGAGUGACUCAACCUGCUGCCGAGGCUUCAUGAAGUGAAAAAGCUAGAAACUCUCUUUUUUUAUGCUUGUUUUGUUUCUCACAAUGCUAUAUGCAGGAUGAAUUAUGUCAGAACUUUCUAUUUGUUUUAGACUGCAGAACCCAUAUGAGAUACUGUGUUGCUUGAAGUCAUUUAACGUUUUGAAUCCGUAAUGUCCAAGUGCCAUGGUUGUGAUUUUGCGUGCCUAGAGAUAGAUGAUUCUGCAUGGAUGCAGUUGUAGGCUUGUAGCAAUGAAUUUCUACUGGGUUCUACUUGGACGUGGGAAAGUUUUGGUCAGUGGGUAGCCAGUUGGAUUUUGCUCUGUUUGUCCUCGGUGAUUCUAUUUGUUUGGGGUUGGUCUAGUAUGCUUUUUGGGUGAUUGAAAUUUGGCACAUAAUAACAGAACCAGGGAGGCCACUGGCCAAGGGCCCUUGCCCCGCUAAGAGCAGCCAUAUACGUGCCAUACAUUCUAGGAGAGUGAUUAUCUGAGGAGAGUGAUUAUCUGAGGACAGAGGAGGGAGAAAAACAUUUGGGGUUUGCUUGUUGGAUUUGAAAAAUGAGGGUUUUGGCCAAUAAAAACCUUGGGAUUUA